GAGGCUCUUCACUUAGUAGACAAGGCACGAUGAAAGCGGUUACUUUGGUGUUGGUUGCCGUGUUGGCGGCGGUUGCCGCGUCGGAUGCGGACUGGCAUGAGUCUGCCCUGAUAUAUCAAAUUUACCCUCGCAGCUUUAAGGAUAGCGAUGGGGAUGGGAUUGGAGAUUUAAAUGGUAUAACCUCCAAGUUAAGCUACCUAGCCCACACCGGCGUGGACGCAAUAUGGCUCUCGCCGAUCUACAAGUCGCCCAUGUACGAUUUCGGCUACGACAUCACUGAUUAUCGCGCCAUCGCACCAGAGUUCGGCACCAUGGAAGACUUUGAUAACCUCAUGGCUGAGGCUAAGAAGCUAGGCAUCAAAGUAGUCCUAGACUACGUGCCCAACCACACGGGCAACGAGAGCGAGUGGUUCGUCAAGUCCUGCAAGCGGCAGGGCGGCUACGACAAUUACUACGUAUGGGCUGACGGCAGACCGAACCCUGACGACCCUGAUCACCCGCUGCCGCCAAAUAACUGGAUCAGCGUGUUCCGCAAGAGCGCCUGGGAAUACAACGAGGACCGCCAGCAGUUCUAUCUGCACCAGUUCGUGGUCGGCCAGCCAGACCUCAACUACCGCGACCCCAAGGUCCAGGAGGAGAUGAAGGAUGUGCUUCGGUUCUGGCUUGACAAGGGCGUGUCCGGUUUCCGCGUGGACGCUGUAAACAUGAUGUAUGAAGUAGAUCCAGCCGAUUUCGACGGACAAUACCCUGACGAGCCGCUUUCAGGCGACCCUAACUCCGGCCCAGAUGACUACGGUUACCUAAACCACAUCUACACCCAGAACCUGAACGAGACCUACACCGUGGUGUACGACUGGCGCGACGUACUCAACGACUAUUUCUACAACGACGGCGAGUACAAGAUCAUGAUGACGGAGGCCUACGCCGACUUGAACCUUAUGCUGAGGUAUUACGGCGACGGACAGAGAAACGGCUCUAUUCCCUUCAAUUUUAGUUUUCUGGGCGAUGUUAAGAAUACUUCCAAUGCUAAGGAUAUCAAAGUCAUCAUUGAUAGGUGGAUGACAUAUAUGCCUGCGGGACAGCCUGCAAACUGGGUGAAUGGGAAUCAUGACCAAAGCCGCGUAGCCAAUCGUCAGGGCACAGACCGCAUCGACGCCAUGAACCUACUCGCGCUGAUCCUGCCGGGAGUCACACUCACCUACCAGGGCGAAGAAAUCGGUAUGACCGACGGCUACAUCUCAUGGGAGGACACCGUGGACCCUCAGGCCUGCAACACAGAGGACCCUAUCAACUACGCCAGUCACUCUAGGGACCCCAACCGUACCCCGUACCACUGGAACGAUGGGAAAAACGCAGGGUUCUCGGAGACUGAUGGCAAGACUUGGUUGCCUAUAGCCAGUAACUAUAGAGAGGUUAACUUGGAAAGGGAGAUGCAAGCGCCCAAGAGCCAUUAUAAGUUCUACAAAGACGUGGUGGCUCUGAAGAAGACCAGAGCCGUGCGCUCAGGAGACCUGGAGACCCGGGCGCUCGGCGAACACGUGCUGGUUGUUGCCAGACUGAAAGCCGGCUCCCGCGCGGUGGUGGGUAUAGUAAACCUGUCAGAUGAGGAGCAAGCCGUGGACCUGUCGUCUAUCAGACUGCUUCCAUCGCUGCUAGAGGUGAAGGCUUCAGGCGUCAAUAGUGCGCUGGAAAAAGGACAAAAGGUGAUCAAGUCCAGAUUCACCGUGUCUCCUCACAGUGCCGUGGCGCUCCAAUCUCUCAUCUGGGUACCGCACAUCCUUGUAUAAACAGCCUGGCAACUUCUCAUGAU